AUGGCGGACCAAAGAGCCAAGGACACCGCCAUGGCAGAGCGCAUCAUCAAACACAUGAACAACGACCACGCAGACUCGAUCUCCCUCUACCUCCGACACUACCGCAAGCUCUCUGCAAGCUCCGCCCGCGGCGCCAUCAUGACCGAUAUCUCUCUCUCCGCCAUGACCUUCGAGACCACCGACGGCAAAACCCACAUAAUUUCACUGAAGCCUCCCAUGGCCUCCUUCGCCGAAGCUCGCACACGAUCAGUGGAUAUGGACCGCGAAGCCCGCUCUGCCCUCGACAUCUCCCCCAUAAAACUCACCUCCUACCUUCCUCCACGAAAACCCGCCCACAUUAUCGUUUUCGGCCUUUGCGCAAUGGCAUAUGUCAACUUUGCUACGAAACACAUGAUGGUUCCGGGGACAUUCUUCUACGAUAAGGUUUUGCCGUGGUGGCCUGGCGGACCGGAAUCAUAUCUAUGGACUGUAGACAAAGUCUUUUAUCCGAUGUUGGCGAUACAUUUUACAGAAGCAUUCUUGUUGGAUCGGACGAAGCUCAGAAAAUAUGGUGUGGAGAGAGGGUCGGCGCUUUGGUGGAAGUGGAUGGCUAGCGUCUUCAUCGAAGGAUGGGGCUGCUGGAAGAGGAUUGAUGCCGAGGUGGGGAGGAAAAUGAAAGAGGCGGAAAAGGCCCAGCAUUGA